AAGCGCUAUAUUUAGUUUUUAGACAUUUGACAAAAAAGAUGGCAGCGACUGCCGAUUGCUGUCCUUCGGAUUUAUUGCGAAAAUGGCGCAUUAUGUGAUAUUUUCACAGAAAAAUAUAAUUUUAAGUGAAAAAUUGUGUAGUGCUGCUUUGUGAUGGUGUGCUAUUUUACAUUAAUGACAGUGUACAUGUGUUUAUAGAACUGCGACUAUCUUCUGGAUAUUGGAUUACACAUAAAAUAAAGUCACGAUGGUGGUGGGCGAGAGCAAGCGCGCCAACAUCAUGGAUGGCAUCGAGAACACCGGUGAUGUGCGCAUGCACGACCACCGGCUGCGUCUCAAACAAAGAUUCGACAUAGUCAGAAAACUAGGUCAAGGCACGUACGGUAAGGUACAGUUGGGUAUAAACAAGAAGACCGGCCAGGAAGUCGCGAUCAAGACGAUAAAGAAAUGCAAAAUCGAGUCAGAGGCCGACCUGAUCCGCAUCAGACGCGAGGUUCAAAUUAUGUCCUCCGUCAGGCAUCCGAACAUUGUGCACAUAUAUGAAGUAUUCGAGAACAGUGAAAAGAUGAUUCUAGUAAUGGAGUACUGUUCCGGUGGAGAAUUGUAUGAUUACCUCAGUCAGAAAAAAGUAUUACAGGAGGAUGAAGCCAGAAGGCUCUUCCGACAGAUUGCCACAGCCGUAUAUUAUUGCCAUAUUCACAAAAUCUGCCAUAGAGAUUUGAAGUUGGAAAAUGUGUUACUUGAUGAUACGGGUAGUGCUAAGAUUGCGGAUUUCGGUCUGUCGAAUGUGUUCAAAGAAACAUCGUUGUUGUCGACGUUUUGCGGAUCGCCCUUGUACGCGUCGCCGGAAAUUGUCAAAGGAACCCCUUACAUCGGGCCGGAGGUGGACUGCUGGUCGCUCGGCGUGCUCCUCUACACGCUAGUGUACGGUGCGAUGCCCUUCGACGGCUCCAACUUCAAACGGCUCGUGCGGCAGAUUAGCAACGGCGAUUACUAUGAGCCUAGGAACCCGUCUAGCGCAUCGCCGCUAAUCCGAGACAUGCUCACUGUCGACCCCCUCAAGCGAGCUGACAUCGCGUACAUAUGCGACCAUCCUUGGGUGAACACGGGGUGCGAGACGUCGUGCCUGGAGAUGGCGGAGGCGCUGGCGGCGGAGACACCGGUGCGCCUGGACCUGCUGCUGUCGCUCGCGCCCGCCGCCAACAACUCCAACUCCGUCGUCGUGCCGCCAGAGGCUGAUUUGGGUCCGGAGGAGAGUUGCACGGAUCUGACGAGCUCGGCGUCCAUGGCGAUCGAGCCGAGCAAUUCCGCCGAAAAGAGGAUCUUGGAACUUGUUGCAGAAGGUGGUGAGGACGCCAUAAAGCCAUCGCCGACACGCACAAUAGUCUCUGCCGGGGACAAUAAGCGCAAGCUCGAGCUUGCCAUGUCGGCCAGCGGCCUGCAACGGAAGAAGGACCGCGUAGCCAGCGCGGCGAGCAUGUCGUCGUCGCGCGCGGCGGUGCCGGAGGAGUGUGCCGCCGAGCCGCACGCCGAGCCGCGCACCGAGCCGCACGCCGAGCCGUCUGCCGAGCCGCCCCUCACGCCCGACACGACAAUUAAGCCUUCGCUGCAAUCGUCAGCGACGAUGACGAUAGCGCCCGCGCCCGUCGAACUCGCGAAGGACGCUACCAAAGAAAUAGUCAAGGAAGCACCCAAAGACGAGGAACCGAAAGAGAAGACUGGCGCCAAGCCGCGAGUCACCGUCAAGAAAAAACUAUCGCCCACCAAGACCGUCGAGGAGAAACCCACCACGCCUGACAAACAGGAAGAAGUCAAGCCGGAGGAUGUGAAAGCCAGCGCCGUAGCGGCGGCCGCUGACAAGCUGACGUCGCUGUCGAUCGCACAACCGCCCGCCAACCAGACGCCCACCAAACCGAAGAAACUCUCCAUACCAGGAGGAAAUGUGGGUAGUUUCAAAGACCAAUUCGAGCGACGGGCCUCCCUUACCACCGCACCUGAAAUCAAACGAAACAUAUCUAAGCCAGUCGUCUCCAAGAUUGCCAAACCAAAAGCACAAAGUGAAGAUCGUGAAUUGCCUGCGAAGACACCGGACCACGGCACGGUCCGACUGCAACAGAUCGGUAUCGAGCCAGCACAAACUCCCACGGAACCGGAGCACCACCCGGGCGGAGUGAAAAAGACUGAGAGCGAACCCACGCACGGAGCCACACCGGUCGACCCCUCGGUAUUACUGCAAGACGCCAGGAGAAGUCUUCAAAAUUCGAUGGCGAAGCUGGUGGAGGAGAAGGCGGGCGAGGAGAGUCGCAGACGUGCCGCGCGCGAUAUUAUCUCAUCUGCCAUACGUACAGGCAAGCCGCCGGUGCCGUACGGGCGCUCGUCGUCGGCGGGCGUCGCCGCGCUCGUGUCGCCGCCGGGCUCGCCGGGCGCGCCGCCCGCCGCGCCACACGCCGCGCCGCACUCCGCGCCGCGCCUCUUCCGCACCGAGGCGCUGCACCGCGUCGAGGACCACCGCAACAGGGGUGUGUCGGUUGAGCGCAUCAUCCCGAUCCACGUGGCCCCGGAGGAGCCGGGUGCCGCGCCAUCGCCCACGCCCACGCCCACGGCUGCACCGCCUAAGCCCGCCUUCACGCCCUCACCCGCGCCCCGCGCACCCGCCGCGCACGCACCGCUCAGACGAUUGGCAUCAUCGGAGUCGACGGCGAGCGAGACUUGCUCGAGCCCAGGCGACCCCAUCAAGAAAUCGGCGCGCGAGUUUAUCAUCCCGAUCGCGGUAGAGGGCAAGGGUUACGUGACUCCGCGACAGCGCAGCCUCGAGCCGGAUCCGUCGUCAACCCACUCGCUGGCGCAUGCGCACGCACCGGCACACGCGCCCGCACACCGACACGUGCGCGCGCCCCGCGCCGGACGACUCAGCAGCCUGGUGAGCGGCGGCGAGUCGGAGGAGGAGGACGAGUCGCACAUGCACCGCCUGCGCUCCAGCCGCGCCGCACGCGCCGAGUCCGUCUCCUCCGGCGAGGACGACGAGGAGGACGAGGGCUUCCAUCUGCUCACAGCGGAGAACCUCUUCUCAACACUGCUACAUAGGGUGCGCGCCCUGACGAACCGCCUCAACGGCGAGGAAGGCCCCGGUUUCCCGCAGCAUCCGCACUCGCUCUUCAACAACUUGCAUCAGUCGCCAUUCUUCAAUAGCCCUCACUUACCAAGGAGACAUCUAUUGCGCGAGGGCUGGGGCUCGCGCGAGCUGCACGCGGACUUCGACUCGAUGUUCAACAAGUCGCGCCAGCAGCUGCCGCGAGGUAGUACUAAGAAAAGCGACAAACACCGACCGAGGGCUCAUCAAAACACGGAACCUAACGACGAUAGCGCAUUAGAUCUGUCGGACCUCGACUUGAGCUCAAUUCAGUUCUCUGAGCGGGAGAUGCGCGCGCUGUCGGGUCUGACGCCGGCGCUGUCGCGGCGCCUGCAGCGCCAGCUGCUCGCGCACCUGCCGCCCGCCGCCGCGCGCUCGCUGCGGCGCACGCUGUCGCUGCAGGCGCGCCAGCCGCGUGUCGCCGACGCAUACGUGCGCUCCAACUCCGCCAGCGCUGACCCGCCCGACACGCCUGCCACGCCCGCCGACACUACCGCGCCCGCCGACACUACCGCGCCCGCCGACCCCCCCGCGCCCGCCGAACCCAUCGAAACCCCGUCUGCAGCGACCACACCCGUUAGUCCUGUUAGUCUGGCCGACCGCGGUUUUGAACAGACUUCACCAGAGACUCCUUCACCACAGUUUUCAACACUACCUCGUCUCAGACGACGUUCCACUCCCCGAGAGUCGACGCCACCGAUAUUGGCGGCGGUAGAUGUAGAUUGUUCUCCAACGUCGACAUCGACGCUCAAGGAGCCGACACCGAGACGCGCGACCGACCGGCCACUACUAAGUAAAUAUCUUACGCCUGAGCGGGCUUACUCGUUAGACGAGAGUUACGCUGUAGAUGCUGGAAGUAUUCUAUCUGAGCCAAGCUAUAUCGCGGCGUACGGGUCGCCGGCACUGGGUGGUGGGGCUCCGGCACUCCGGCGCCACUCGCUACGACACACCGGGGAUCAGCCUCGCAAGCGAGUGUCGAGAUUUUUGCGGUCCGAUUUCUUUGACACCCCGGGGACGGACGAAAGCCUUUACGUGAAACAUAAAAAAGAAAAAGAACUAGAGACGCAAAAAAUAUUGAAAGAAAUUAGGGAAAAACGAAAUAAAUCUUUAGAAGCAAACAUACCUCGAGAUCAAGUUGAAACUGAAUUUUCGCCUUCUAAGGAAGAGAUGGGACGUAAAAGUCUCUCGCCGAGCGGUCUUCUGGCGGGCAAAGAGCGUAGUAGAUCAAACACACCAUUUUUCCCCAUUUUAGAUAACAUAAAAGAGACCUCUUUGGAUGCUUCGACGCAUUUGCCUAGAGCGAAAUUGUCUACAAUUUUGAAUGAUAAUAAAAAAACGAGUUUUGAUGAAACCUCUUGCAAAGAAUCAAGAUUAACGAGACCAAAGAGCUAUCCUAUAAAAACUUUGGAUUCUAUUGAAGAACCUACAGACAGCAAUUUGUCUGAAAAUGGCAUAAAUAAAAUAAUUGACAGCAAAGAAAGCAAGAUCUCUAAAGAAUCUAAAUUGAUACGACCAAAGAGUUACCCUGCUAGUAGUCCGUCUCCGGAAAAAGUAUAUAUUAAUCGUAAUGUUAAGAAAGAUGAACUUAAAAGUUCCACUAAAAGUGAUGAUGUCCCGGAUUAUGACAUAAAGAGUGAUGUAGAAGUGAGUUUCAGUAUUACUUUGCCUAAGAAAAAUAAGGCUGGCGCAGCAGCUAACACAAAUGAUUCAUCAGAAUUAAAUAUAGUCAACAAAAUUGAGGAUAAUAAAGACCUUGAAAGUGUUUUAUAUUUAAAGAGAUACCAAGUAACGGAGAGUAAUGGAAAUACAUGUGAUCGUGACGGUCAAACAAAUAUUGAACAUGGUGCGAUUGAAACGAAUGCACAAAAUAAACCAUCUGACGAACCUUUUAAAGCGGAAGAUGUAAAAACAAAAGUAAAAGUGACGAAUUCCUCUAAGAAGGAAGAGUCAAGCCUUAAGUCGAGUGAAAAUGAAACGAGCGAAAAGAAAGGAACUAUAAAGAAGAAAAUUAUUAGAAAAGUGUCUUCAAAAUCAAAGACUGACUUAGGACAGGAGGCUAACGAUACGAAAAGUUCUACCGAUAAAAAGAAAGUCACAAAGAAAAUUAAAGAAAAAUCGACUGACGACGACAGCACAAGUACACCUGUAGUCACCAAAAAGAAAUCAGUUUUACAGUCUAUAGGGCAAAAAUUAGAAAAAUUUGCAACUACAAAAUCAAGUUCCCCCGAAAAAGUAACUGAAAAUGUGGCAAACGAUGUCAAGAAAAAUUCCAUUAAAUUAAACAGAAUGCAACGAGAGCAAUCAGUGCCAGUAAAUGCCGAACCACCUACAGAAUCUAACCUUAUAAAAAGAGCUGUGACAUUGACAGAUGUUGCCGCGUUAGAAAAUGAAGCCGCGCCUAACAACAAUAAGACGACAGUUUCUAAAGUGUUAGGGCUUUUUAAGAAAUUUGAACCGAGAGAUAAAUCGAAAAGUAUUGUUGAAAAGUCGCAAAGCAAAACCUUUGAAGAGAACGCAGAAACAAGAAUUAGAAAAGAUUCCAUAACUGAAUCUGCCUCAGAAGAACUUCAUAAAGAAAAGCCUCGAAGACCCACUUCAUUACUACUUAACGGUCUAGGACGUAAAAAUAAGUACAAUAAAACGCCUAGUGACAGCGAUUCUGCAGCAAACGCAGACGACGAUCAAACAGUACUUAAAAUAGAAAACGAAAGUAAAAAUAUCAGAAACAGUUUAAAGUUAGAUUUCUCCCGAUUGCCAAGAGUUAAAAAAAUAGUUCCUACAAAUCCUGUGAUAGAACCGCAGAUCAUGAAUAUUUCCUCAGCUAAUAGUGAAAACGAUAAGAAAGAUUUAUCAGGCAAAUAUUAUGUUUCGCUAAACGAAACGAGCACCUUAGCCGAGAACGCUGAAACGUUAAGUCGCAGCAGAUCGAGAAGUAGAUCGAGUGUUUCAAAUUCCGAAAUAAAAUCUGACAACAGUGGCGACAAUAAAAUGACUGACAGGAAUCCGGCGUCACCAUGCGACAAUACAACACAUCUUUUGCGGAGUCAUGAGUCCGUCACACCAGAAACGGAGGAUAUUGUUGACAGAAUACGAAGAAAGAGUUUUUAUUCCAGAUUUAACGAAAAGAAACAACGACGAAAAAGUAGUCUGGUAGGUCCUGGUGCGGCAGAAUAUGAUCCGGUGGCUCGAAUACACGCUACGCCGACGGAGGCAAAGUACGACGUAUCUCCAACCUCGCCUACGACGUACGACGUGUCUCCAGGAAUGUCCGUCGCGUCGGAUUUGUCGCCGUCCACGGAGCGUUAUAGAUCUCUUUUGGGCGAAGUGCCUGUUAGCACUAGAAGUAAUUUAAGGUUUGAUAAUUAUGGACUGAAUGAUAAAAUAGAUACGUAUAGGUCUCUUGACCGCAACGAAUUUAGAAAGUAUCCAGGAAGCCGAAGUUACUUAGACUACGAUCAGCCACUGUCGUACGGAGCGCCGAGAUAUUCUAGAACGAAAUCGUUAUUGGAGAGUUCAGAUGGUACUGACGACAAUAGCCUUACGCACAGUAUAAGAGACCCGCAAAAAUACAACAGAACUAUUUCUAUGUAUUCUCCCGGAAACUAUGCCACGUACAGGCCAAAAAGAACGCGAAAUUCAGCAAUUAUAUUAAAAGAAAGCGAAAAAGAACCGAGCCCUGAAAAUAUUUUGGAAAAAAUUCGACAGAGGAAAAAUUUUUCGAUCAGUGUGACUAGAAAACCUGAAACUGAUAAGGAAUCGCGGCCAAGAUCCAUUAUCCCAUCUAAAAGCGAAGGCGACGGUGCAGAAUGCUCUGAGAAAGUUGACUGAAAGGAACUACUGAUUACGCCAAACAUAAUGAGAUGCCGUUAUUUGCGUACGCAUUUGUUAACAAUUCACUGUCAUUAGUUUAGCAAUCCAACUUAGUUGAUCACAUGCCAACCGCGUCCGUGGUCGAUUUUUUUGAGGCUGUAUCGACAAUCUUGCCAAAACAUAGUCCCUAUUUCGAGUAUGUUUAGUGUAUCAUGUGUAAUGAAUCUCACAAUGGGCAGAUAGUUUAUAUAAGGCUGUCUUAGUGGCAAGUUUAGUUAGUAACAUGUUUCCUGAAUCUCUGUUGACAUUGAAAUAUAAAAUAAACAUUAUUUUAAAAUAUAAUAUCAGGCCACUUGGAAGUAUAAAUUAGAAGUAUCACAAUAGGGAGUAGAAUAUAUUAUCACAGAUUCAUCAUAAAAAUGUUAUCAAAGUUUAAGUAUUUUCUGAAUUUUUAAUUACCAUUGGUUUUGAAGGAAUUGUAAAAACGGUAACAUAAUUUUGAACACAGCUUGUCAGGCUGGUUAGGUUUAUUGAUCACAUAUGAUUGACCUGUGCAAUGUAAUAUUUUGCAGAGUGGACUUUUUGUUAAGUGUUUAUUGUAAAUUGAUUCUUAUGUGCCUUUAUAAUACAUAAGUGACUGGAUUUGAUAUAGUCCAUUUUAUUGAAAGAGAUAAAUGACACAAUGUUUAGUGUGUGUUUGCACAAAUACGUUUUACUCAAUAUUAUUAAUUUUAAUUUUUUCAUAGUUUUUACAUUUUAUGUGACGCUAAGUCUUUUAAGUUUAAAUGUUUAUCGUAAUCAUAAAGUAUUGAACGCUAAGUCAGGUCGUCACAGUAAUCGAAUAGAAUGGUGCUUAGAUUCGUUUAGGUAUAUAACUAUUUAUAAAUAAAACUAUUAGAAACACACAAUAUAUGUAUAUUUUUAGCAAUAGUUUCGUCAGUUUUGAGUUUUAUAUAAUAGUGUUGCAAUUACGUCCUCACAAGCAGUAUUGUAUACGAGUCGUUAUGAUAUCGGUUUGUUGCCAGUUUACAUUUACACGCGCCACGCGGAGCGGUCAUUUCGAUUACAGUGGUGUCAAAGCAAGAACUUCGUGGAACUUAAAUUCAUUAUCGUUGCGAACUUAUUUAUUAAUUUUUAUUAGAAUUGAAAUUAUUUAUUGGUGUGUGGUAAAUUUUAAUAUUUCUCUCGUUACCUAGUUGCAAUAUGACGUGCGGAAACUAUAAUUGUUCGAUUAAUAUUAAACUCCUAUCACACACGUUUUUGUAUUGAAUGUGAAUAAAUUAUAUAAUUAAAAAAAAAA